AUGAGGAGGUCUGUCGAUACAAACUCGUCGGAGUACGACCACAUGGCAAGGUCGCCUCUGCUGGAUCAUGAACACGGGUUGAAUCCCUCUGGUCUGGAUCGAAUUCGUCACCAACCCUCACGAGUCCUCACGUUGCCCAAUCUUUCGAAUCCGUCGCUCAUCCCGUUCCCCGUGCAGCAACAACAUUCCCCGCCGACCCGGUCGGUCUCCUCCUCCCGCACGGCCUCGACGCAUGUGUCGGCAAAUCCGAGCUUUGCGACGUUAGAAGACCUCCACCGGUUUCCCUCCGAAUCUCUUCACUCCUUUUCCUUUGCCCAACAGUCCGACGAGCUGCUGCAGAACCGUCAGAACAUCUUGAAACGGUCCAUCGACUUCAUGCGUGAUCGGUUUGGAUGGGCGGCAAGCAACCCGCAUAUCGUCAAUGCGCAGGCUCGCAUCAGUGGCGACUCCGACCUUCAGAGUAUGGUCGAUCUCUUGUCCCGGGCGCAGGUGCUGGAUAAGGAAAACCAGACUCAACAUGCGGGAGGAUUUCAUCCCCGAGGGCCUAUUACCGGCCCUGCGGACGUCGAGGGCGGCAACGUCUUUGAAAAGGCCUUCUCCUCGUCCGAGGCGCUGAGCGAACAGCAGCAGAAUUACUUCCUGGAACACGGUAUGGUCUCUGAGCAAUCCCGCCCUCUGGGCACUAUCCCCAGUGGUCAGCAAUACAACCACCACGAGCAGCAACAACAAAACCCCCCUACGCAGAAGAGAGAGUUAAAAUCCGCUCCCUCCUCGCGGCGCGUAAGCUUAAAACGUACAUACACGGAUCUCAACACGAUGACUCUCCAGGGCAAGCUGAUGGAGACUCUAGCACAACAAUCCUACUCCGCCACAGAUGCGUAUUCCCCCCUCGCCCUCUCCACCACCACCACCACCACCUCCUCCAGCCUUGGGUUCCCCAUCCCGGCCUUGCACACCCACAGCAGCAAAUGGACCCCAGUCUCGCAGGCUGUCUUUCGGACCGAAGCCAAAGCGCCCUGGACCAUCUUCGCCGCCAACGACCUGUCCUGUCUGGUGUUUGGUGUCACCCAGUCCGAGGUUCGGAAGCUGAGUAUCCUCGAGGUCGUCCAAGCGGAACAACGGCCCUGGCUGGAAUCGAAACUCCGGGAUCCCAGGACGGAUGCCACGGCCAAGUACGAAUACCAAACUGGCCGAUCGUCCCGCGUCACCGCGGUGAACCCACAGCCCAUGGGAUUGGGCAACGGCGUCACCGCACAGCUGCUGAGUAAACCAUCCUCACGCGAAAAGGCACGGCGCGCGCAGACGGACGACGGGUUUGGCUCGAGCACCCGCACCGCGCGGAAUCCCAACCACGCAGCCAACAAGUCGCGCGGCGUGCUCCUCUGCGGCGACGUGGUGCCCAUCCAAAAACGCAACGGAUCCAAGGGUUCCGCCAGCGUCUGGGUGAUGGAAAAACGAGGCGGGCUGAUCUGGGUUCUCGAGGAAAUCACCGAGAAUGUCGCUCACAUUCGCUAUGACGUGACCGGCGCCAUCGUACAGACCGACGGUGACGUCGACAAGAUCUGGGGCCAGGCAACCGUAGGCACCGGCGAGCCCGUCACCAACCUCCUCCCGCGUGUCCCCAAGGAGGAUCUUCUCGACUCCACCGACCAGGGACUUGCACGCAUUGCAGAGACCAGAUAUUUCGCCGCCCGCACCUCGACCGGGGUCUGUAUUCCAGCCACCGUUACCAAGGGCGAAGGCUCCCGCUGUCUACGGGUAUCUAGUUUUCCGCACGUAGCGGGUAUGAUGGUCCUCUCCUCCUCGACGUUGAAAAUCGUGAGCAGCAACUCCGUCUUCUCCGCCGCCCUGUUCGGCCAAGAGCGGCCAGAGGGUCUUCACAUCUCUCAACUCAUCCCGGGCUUUGACAAUCUCCUCGACGUCCUCACCGAGGAAGACAAGGUCCCGCUGGUUGACGGCAUUCUCAUCCCGGAACACAGUUUCCGCCGCGCGCGGACCUUAUCCAUCUUGCGCGACGGCAAAGCCAACGCCGCCUCCAUCUUCAACGAACCGACGGGCCUCCCUGCCAACCACCGGGACGGCUCGACCAUCUCCGUUGACGUCCAACUCCGAGUUGUCAAGAGUGGGACAUUUUUCUCCAAGACCACCACCAGCAACAACAACAACAACAAUAAUAAUAACAACUUCGACACUGACACCAACACCGAGACCGAGAUCAAUAAGCCGCACAACGGAUGGGAUACCGAUACCGUGGUCACUGAACUCGUUUACGCUUUGUGGAUUACAUAUUCGCGACAAAUCCACGCUGCCUGCCCUGCGACGGGUCACUUUCCACCUAUUUUUGAAGACAUCGCUCCGACCAAAGCGCUUUCUACUACAGCAACAGCGACAGAAGCAACAGCAGUGGCACCGCCCUCUAAACAAACCAUGCCAGGGUCCUCAUCACCAGCUAUUUUCAUGCCCGUCAUUGAAAACUCGAGACAUCCGUCAACUUUGUCUCAGCAGUUGAGCGAAGCGGCCUCGCAGCCGUUGACGGACAAGCCGGUGCAACCCGUGCCCGAGGUGGAUCUGACGGCUUCGAAGAAGGAUGGAUCAGCGACCAAGAAACGCACAAUCGCCGACUAUGUGAUUCUGGAAGAAAUGGGUCAGGGGGCGUAUGGACAGGUGAAACUGGCGCGGUUGAAGAAGAACCCCGCGAAGAAGAUGGUGCUCAAGUACGUGACGAAGAAGCGGAUCUUGGUCGAUACAUGGACGCGCGACCGGCGGCUGGGGACGGUGCCACUGGAGAUCCAUGUGCUGGACUUUUUACGGCGGGACGGGCUGCGGCAUCCGAACAUUGUGGAAAUGGAAGGGUUCUUCGAGGACGACAUCAACUACUACAUCGAGAUGGUGCCGCACGGACUGCCGGGGAUGGAUCUGUUCGAUUACAUCGAGCUGCGGGCCAACAUGGACGAGUCGGAAUGCCGCAGCAUCUUCCGCCAGGUGGUGGACGCGAUUCACCACCUGCACACCAAAGCAUUGGUGGUGCACCGGGACAUCAAGGACGAGAACGUUAUCCUUGACGGGGAAGGGCGGAUCAAGCUGAUCGACUUUGGCAGUGCGGCCUAUAUCAAGAACGGGCCGUUUGACGUUUUUGUGGGGACGAUUGAUUAUGCCGCCCCCGAAGUCCUCCAAGGCAAGUCGUAUCGCGGCAAAGAACAAGAUAUCUGGGCGCUGGGGAUUCUACUGUACACGAUCGUGUACAAGGAGAACCCGUUCUACAACGUGGACGAGAUCCUGGACCAUCCGCUGCGGAUCCCCUUCCUCCCCUUUUCGGAAGACUGCAUCGAUCUGAUCCGCAAGAUGCUGGACCGGGACGUCGACAACCGGCUGACGGUCAGCGAGGUCCUCGAGCACCCGUGGAUGACUUAA